UGUUAAUUCAGGUUCCUCACACAUGACAUGGAAACAGAAAAAGGACUUGGAGAAUAAGAAGGUAGUGUCACUCGGUGGAAAGCCUCCAAAGAAACAGAGGUUACCCCUUAGUGUUGCUAGAGUUUCAAUGAAGAAUCAAAAGGAUAGAGAAGAGAAACUGCUUCAAGAGAGAGCUAUACUUGGAAGGUUUGGAGCCUACAGUAGCAGUAGUUCCAAGAAGGUGCCAGAGAGGAAACCAGCAGAAGACAGAAUUCUGAAGUCGAUGCAAGGCGAUUUCAGAAAGGGGGUUCUCAACGUCGGGCAUCUGUUGAAGCCCUCAGCCCCUGAAGCCUCUAACUACGAGGGCAGGCACCCUACAGGUAAAGGGAAGAAGAAGAAAGAUGGCAAGAAAAGUCAUGGCAAGAGAAAGGGUGGUGGUGGUGGUGGUGGUGGUGGUGGUAAGAGGCGUCACUGGGAAUAUAUCUCAAAGUGACUACUCUUCUUUUAAAUUUCUUCGCCUUUCUGAACCCGGCUAUGACUGUAACUGCAGAACCAAGCUUGUAGAACAUAUAUACAUUCAUGCCUUGUAUC